CUGCUAUCCAACACAAUGAGGGAGGAUGACAUACCAUGUUGUGAACCAAAGUUUUGGGUGUAUCUAACGCUAUGUUUGGUCCUUGUCACAUUUGCUGGUCUUACAUCUGGUCUUAGUCUCGGUCUCUUCUCAUAUAGUCAAGUUGAUCUUGAAGUCCUCAUGAAAGCCGGUUUGCCUCAUGAGAAGAAAAAUGCUGCAAGGAUUUUGCCUAUCGUUAAGAACGAAUAUUUGCACUUGUGUACCCUUCUCAUUGCAAAAUCACUUGCUCUCGAGGCGCUCCCAAUUUUCCUGGAUCAAAUCCUUCCUUUCUGGGCUGCUAUUAUUGUGUCCGUCACGUUCGUACUAGCCUUCACUGAGGUUAUUCCUCAAGCUGUCUGCUCGCGACAUGGAUUAAGUUUAAGUGCAAAAUUUGUUUUCUUCGUCCGGUUCCUCUUGCUGGUUGUAUUUCCUGUGUCAUACCCAGUCAGCAAGUUGCUGGAUUGGCUCCUUGGGAAGGGCCAUGCUGCACUCCUAAGGCGAGCACAGCUAAAGACGUUGGUGGAUUUGCUGUCAGUGAAGGCAGGGAAAGGUGGAGAGCUGACUGAUGACGAAACUACUAUCAUUAAUGGAGCUUUGGACAUGACUGAAAAGACUGCUAAAGAUGCAAUGACACCCAUAUCUAAAACUUUUUCCCUUGAUAUAAAUUCAAUCCUUGACAUGCAUACAAUGAGACUAAUAAUGAGCAAGGGACAUAGCCGGAUUCCAAUUCAUUCAGAAGAUCCCAAAAAUGUUAUCGGCCUUGUUUUGGUGAAAAACCUGAUAUUCUGCAAUCCUGAAGAUAAAGUUCCACUGAGAAGUAUAAAUUUAAGGAGAAUUCCCAGGGUUUAUGACGAUUGGCCUUUGUAUGAUGUGCUGAAAUUAUUUCAAAAGGGUCACAGCCACAUGGCUGUUGUUGUCAAGUCUCAGAGAGAUGGAAAAGAAACAGAAGAACAGACCAAAGAGUCGCCUAAGUUUAUGAGAAUGCAAAUAGAUUCAAACCCGGAACCUGCGGCAACAGAUGUUAAAGGAACUAAUCAUUUAUUUGGUCAAGUGGACCUCUCCAUUACCUCGGCAUAUUGUAGUGAUAAUGAGGCUGGAAUUCUUGUUGUUGAGAAUACAAGGAAACAAGAGGAUGUGUUUCAGGCAUCUAAUAAAUGGGAGGAAGAUAGUUUGGAAACUCUCAAAACUAAAUAUCUAGAUGAGGAAGUAAUUGGCAUUAUAACUAUGGGGGAUGUGAUGGAGGAACUCCUCCAGACGGAUGAUUUGAGGUUUAUCUGCGGAACCAGAAUGAGUUCUCUACCUUGGAAGAGAGCACCUUCGUCUCCUACAACAGCUUCAGUCACUCGAAUUCAAUGGAGAACUCCAGCUUCAUCUCCUUUUUCUUCAUAUUAUAACACUCCCGUGCUGCGCUCACCAGUCUUACCAUAUGUUCCAUCUCCAGUUGUAAGACCUGUACUAUAUGCUUCUCCGGGAAGAUCGAUUUCGGGUUCUCCUUCACAAUCAGGUUCUUUGUUCCCCGUUCGCAGCUCACCAUCUUCCCAGCAGGUGUCAAGAAACUCAUACGAGAGGUUAAGGCCUGCAGGGAAUUUUUCAUAA